AUGGUUUCAGAUCAACAGCAGUCUUACCGAUUGCAAUUUUCAACCGCGUUUCAACAGCCUCAACAACAAUCUCAGCAGCAUACACAGCCACCCACACCUGCUCCACCCCCCGUAGAACAAAAUAUUCAUCAGCAGCAACAGCAACAACAGUUAAUGUAUUGCUAUUACUACCCUCAACAGUAUUUUGCUUAUCCUUAUUACUAUCCUUCGACGGGAUCUGCUACGACAGCGGGUCCUGGAGCUUUUGCUAAUCAGAACUCGUCUAAAUUGCCCUGUGUGGGCCCAGAAUUUACGCUUAAGGAUUCAUCUACUGGAAUUGCUAAUGGCUCGGUAGGCGCGGGGCUUCGGCAAGAGGACAAUAGCGGGCGAUCUAGAUACUGCGCUUAUCCACAACCCACUGCAUAUCAAUACCCAGGAUUCCAUAAAUCGCCUGCAUUUGCUAGUUGCGUUGGUACAGGUACAGGGCCAGGAAAUGGUGCAGCACAGACAAUGGCAGCAUCAGGGUCUGGGAGCGCGCAAUAUGCGGUGUAUGGACAGGCCGCUGAGCAACAAUCGCAGCAGCAACAAUCGCAGCAGCAUCAGCAACAACACCACCAGCAUCGGAAGCCAGAGCAUAACGAUUCUCAAUCACAGAGCAGCCAAAUGCUCGAGCAGAAGCAUAAAAAGCAGCAGGUUCCGCAUCGUCAAUCCCACCAUGGCUCGCAUUACUAUAGGAAUACGGGGGUUAACUCUUACUACGGAAUUCCCAAUUCGGCUGCCACUGGGACUACAACUGCCACGCCGACCCCUAUACCCACAACAAAUACAUCGCUUCAAAGUAAUUCCCCAUGUCCAGGGAAAAGCACAUAUAUUGAGCCAGUGCCCUCUGUUAUUCCACAUAAUAGUCUUGCUGCACUAGGUUCAGGCCCUUCAAUUCGGACAACACACACCGAUGCUUCGCGCGGUGCAUCGUCUAACAACGACAUGUUAGACGCAGUGAAAUCUGGCGGCAUAACGAAGAAAGGCAAGACGAACAACAUACUUCACACAUCGACCAGUUAUAACUCGCAUUCAAGUAUCCCUUUGGGCAGUUUUGAAGCCCAAGGCCCUCGGGUUACAACGACGAUGUGGGAAGACGAGCAUACGCUCUGCUAUCAGGUUGAAGCAAACAGCGUCAGCGUGGUUCGCAGGGCAGAUAAUGACAUGAUUAACGGUACUAAGUUGUUAAAUGUGGCAAAGAUGACUCGUGGGAGAAGAGAUGGCAUACUGAAGGCAGAGAAACUGCGCCAUGUAGUUAAAAUUGGGUCCAUGCAUUUAAAGGGAGUUUGGAUUCCUUUUGAACGCGCAUUGGCUCUUGCGCAGAGAGAAAAGAUUGUUGAUAUGUUGUUCCCCUUAUUUGUUCGCGACAUCCAUAGUAUCAUACAACAAACAUCCACCGCAAAUGGCUUUGCUCAUGGUCCCAAAGUUAGCAAGGUGAUCCAGAGGGAUGCAGUUGCAUCCUCAGCGGCAAUAGAACAAAAUAGCAAUACAUCCAAAAUAAUGAAUGCGACGUCUCCUCAACAGUCUCAACCACACGAACGUAAUGAACUAGAACAAGAAUCCCAGCUGCCGCAUCAACAGCAGAAACACAACCAACAGAAAGAUCAAGAGCAGCUAGGACAGGAAAGGCAUAACCACCAGCAAUUGAGUCAUUCGCAAACAAUAAACUCGUAUACAUCACACUCACACUAUGGCAGGGAAAGCCACCUACCUCAGCGAUUAAUGUAUUCAUAUGAUAACAAUAAUGCCAGUUAUUGUAAAAACGGCAAUGAAAAAAGCAGCACAAAUAACCCCAAUAUCAAUAGUGUCAUAACCACACACCCCACAGCAUCCAGCUCCUUUCCCUCCAAUAAUAAUAGCUCAUAUUCCGGCUAUGGCUACUCUGCAGUCAAUGUAAUGUCUAAUGGCCCUAUCAACGUUAAUCCAGGAAUCUCACAAGCUGCAACGCGUGGGCAGUCACCAUUUCAGGCAUUAACACAGGUUAGUGCGUUGGCUCAGAAACAGCUUAAUUCCAAAGAGCAGCUCCCACUUCCGAUCUCAUCGGUCGGAGUGGACACAGUUUCUCUGUCGAAUAACCCUGCAUUGCCAAUGCAACAAAAUCAACAUCAUCAUCGGCAACAGCAUCAGCAAUUACAGCAAACAAGGCAACCACAGCAACAAACACAAACUCAGCAGCAGCAGCAGCAGCAGCAGCAGCAGCAGCAACAACAACAUCAACAACAACCUACUCAACAAGAGAAUCAACAUCCACAAAUACACCAGCAGCAACAACAGCAGCAACAGCAACAGCAACAGCAGCAUAUGCAGCAGCAGAAUCCACAAUUACAUCAACAGCAGCAGCAGCAGCAGCAGCAGCAGCAGCAACUUCAACUUCAACUUCAACAUCAACAUCAGCAACAUAUUCAGCAGCAGAGCCAACAUCCACAACUACAUCAACAACAAUCUCAGCCUGAACAACAUCAUCAACUCCAACCAUCUCAGCCUGAACAACAUCAUCACCAACAUCAACAACAUCAAGAAAAACACUCGAAGUUUGCAAAGAGGGAUGAUUUACAUGGUAACCAUCAAACAUGCGGCACUUAUAAUAAAUUACAUAACACGGUUCUACCACCUCCCCAGCCCGCCUAUUCGCAACAUGAUUCAUCAUCUUCCUUAAAGCAAACCACUGGAAACACUUUGAACAUUUCCGCAGACGCCCCCCUAACUUCUAAAGCUGCCCCUAUCGCUACCAUUACCUCCGCUGUCACGCCUGAGCAUCGCGAGUAG